ACAGUAUCCUUUCUUCCCUGACCUAUAUUGAUUUCUUCUUAUCGUUUGCUUCACAGGUUUCGAUUUUUCUUUGCUUCAUAGCUUUCGAUUGCUUCUUCAGUUCAAGGUUUCGAUUCUGCAAGGUGCUUCUUUGGUUUCUAUUUGCCUCGAAUCUAAACCUAAAAUGGUGAGACCGUAUGCAAUUAAGGGGCGUAAGAGGAAGAAGAACAAAACAGAAAGAUACGAUAAGGAAGAAGAUGAAGAAGACAAUGUAGGGUUUGUUGAAGAGGAAGAAGAAGGAGGAGAAGGGGAAAAGGAUGGAGCCCAGAAGAAAUUGAAGGGUGGGGUUACUGAAUCAGACGAGGAGAAAGCAGAAGCAGCAGUACAAGAACUUGCAGGUAUUCCAGUAAAUCUGAAUGAGCAGGUGGGAAAUGACAUGAACACCCCUGGUGUUAUUUUCAUCCUUGAGAAGGCUUCUUUGGAAGUUGCAAAAGUGGGAAAGAGUUAUCAAUUGUUGAACUCAGAGGAUCAUGCCAAUUUUUUGAGGAAAAAUAACCGGAAUCCGGCUGAGUAUAGACCCGACAUUUCUCAUCAGGCAAUAUUGAAUAUCUUGGAUAGCCCACUGAAUAAAGCCGGUAGGCUAAAAGCUUUGUAUGUGAGAACCGAGAAAGGCGUACUUUUUGAAAUCAAACCUCAUGUUCGUAUUCCAAGGACAUUUAAACGUUUUGCCGGGAUCAUGUUGCAAUUGCUUCAAAAACUAAGUAUUUCCACCGUUGGAAAACGGGAAAAGCUUAUGCGGGUCAUCAAGAAUCCCGUAACCCAGUAUCUUCCGGUUAAUUCUCGCAAGAUAGGCUUUUCGCAUAGUUCGGAAAAGUUGGUUGAUAUGCAUGAUUAUGUGGCGACAUUGGACAAAGAUGCAACACUUGUUUUUGUGGUUGGUGCAAUGGCUCAUGGUAAAAUCGAGAAUGACUUCGUAGAGGAUUAUAUUUCAAUUUCUGGAUAUCCGUUAAGUGCAGCAUACUGCAUUACAAGGAUCACGAAUGCGUUAGAGCGCAAACACAAGAUUCUAUGAACGACGCCCUAUGCCAUGUAUUUGUAGUAGUAAUAUUAGAUAACAGAUGACGCGUUUGAUGACGUUUUUUCCUUACUGAAAAUGCUGUUUUUUUUUAUUCGAGAUCCAUCCGAAAAGGCUCUGGCAUUUUGACGAAGAUCGCUGUAAGUUGUACGGAUGGCAACAAUGGAAACAUAUUUCGGAAACUUUAUAGUACUCUAGUUUUGCAGUCACUUGUAGAAUCUGAGAGAUUGCGUUUGCGAUGAAUCCAUGCUUUUCAA